CGCUUGGGCUGACUUUCCACUUGGCUGUUGCUGCCAGUCGUUGGCAGACAGUGCAGAGAAAAGGUAGCAACAGACAUGCAGCUCACCUAUCGAGAAUUGGAUGCGGAUAUAGUGCGGCGCACAAAUGCGGUAUUUCCAGUGCAGGAUUGCUUUGUGGAGGUGCUGCCGGAUCGGCUAGUGAUACCACGCAAGUACAUCGAAAUGGGUGAAUCCAUACGGGAUUUGCCCAUCUACAAAGAUGACGUUUGGAUGGUGUCGUAUCCACGCACCGGCUCGACAUGGGCGCAGGAGAUGAUCUGGCUGCUGGGCCAUCAGCUGGACUACGAAGCGGCCAAACAGGAUUUGCGCAUGCGAGCACCCUUGAUCGAGUUGUCCGCACUGUUCAGCACGGAUCACCAUCAGUGGGUGUCCGAUGCCUUUGGCAACACAGUGGAGCUGGUAAAGAAUCUGCCACGCCCGCGCUAUGCACGCUCGCACCUCUCCUGGCAGCUGCUGCCCUCGCAAUUGGAUACGAUCAAGCCAAAGAUUGUGUACACUGCACGCAAUCCCAAGGAUCUGUGCGUAUCCUACUACCACUACUGCAAGUUGCUGCAUGGCAUCAAUGGAGACUUUGAACAAUUUGUGGAACUCUUUCUGGGCGGGCACACGCCCAUGGGCUCGUAUUGGAAGCAUGUGCUGCCCUUCUGGAAGCGCAGCUUCGAUGACAACGUAUUAUUUAUCAAAUACGAGGAUAUGGUGCGUGAUCUGCCUGCCGUAAUAAAACGAUGUGCUCAAUUCCUGAAUGUUUCGGAGCUGCUCAGCGACGACAAUAUGAAGAGAAUUUGCCAACACCUUCAAUUUGAUAGCAUGCAAAGCAACGGGGCUAUCAAUAUGGAAACGUUAAUUCCACAGCGGGAGACGAAGUUCAUACGCAAGGGCAAGGUUGGCGACUGGCGAAAUCAUAUGACUGAUGAAAUAUCGGAACGAUUUGAUUCGUGGUCCGAGCAGCAUUUAAGGGGAAGCGGACUUACAUUUGAUUACGAUUAGGCCAAUAUUCUUACAUAUAUGGAUUUCAAGUUUUUGCCUUGCUAGCCAUUCUACCAACGUUUGAAUGUAUGUUUACAUUAGUAUGUUAAGAUAAUUUCACC